UAACGCAGGAUCCGAGUAAUUUCGUCCCAGUUUCCUGAAUUUGGUCCCAGAUCUCUUGGUGUAGCUUACAGCACCAGUUACUCCCAAAAUGAAAUCAUAGCCAGGCCUCUGCUGGCACUCGAAACGGAUCAAGUGCAUUUACUAUAGUUUAUUAGGCAAAAGCAGUGAAAGUGUAGUGAAGUCCACAAAGUGCUAUUAAGUUCAAUAAGAUCGAUCAAGUUGGAGCAACCAGUGCGAAAGUGGGUUGUAAAAGAGUAUUGAUAGUAAUUCUCCUUUCUCUACGCAUCACCAACACUCCAACCAUGCUUGUCGACCUCGAUGUUCAGGAAGUGGAACCGUCGCAGAGCACAGCGACAAAUAGUGCUCCCGGACGAUCUGGUGUGGUUAAGUACGAGUCUGACUGGAACAAAAUCAUGCAGAUCGCAGACGAACACAAUCUGCUAAAUCUGCGGCAACUCGCUAUCGGCGGAGAGCUGCGGGCUUCUCCAUUCCGCAGCGUAUGCUGGGCUGUGUUCCUAGGCGUUCUAGAAGCACCUGGUUCCGAACGAUGGCCAAAGCAGCGUACACUCGCCCGAGAGCACUAUCGAUCGCUGAAGGAAGGCUUUGUAAUGAACCCGCACCUCAAAACGGAUGUCAGCGACGAUCCUUUGUCGCAAUCGGAACAAAGCCUUUGGAACCAACAUUUCUGUGAUCAGGAACUAUGCGCUGUGAUAAAGCAAGAUGUUGUGCGCACCUUUCCCGGUGUUGACUUUUUCCGAAAACAGGCGAUACAACAGCUUAUGACCAACGUUCUUUUCUGCUAUGCGCGUCAAUUUCCUGCCAUGUGCUAUCGACAGGGAAUGCACGAAAUACUGGCGCCACUCAUCUUCGUCAUUCACAGCGAUCAGCAAGCCUUAGCUCACAUACAGGAGCUUCACCCGAACAUCAAUCAAAAUCUCCAAACGAUCUUAGAUCCACAGUACCUGGAAGAGGAUUCCUAUGCAAUAUUCUCAAAAAUUAUGGCUCAAAUCGAAUCGUUCUAUCGCAUAACCGACGUUGUGCCAACGGCAACGGGAUACUUUCCCGCUCUGUCGUCAGGUAGUCCAAACGUUACGGCUGGGUCUACUACGAUUAACAAACGAAAGCUUGAAAUUGAAGUUGUCGAACAAUUGAACUACAUCAAGGAUAGGAUUCUUAUUAAGGAAGAUCUCCAUUUACACAAUCAUCUCCUCAAGCUAGAUAUUCCAUUGGCCAUUUUUGGAAUUCGCUGGCUUAGGUUACUUUUUGGAAGGGAAUUCGCCCUACAGGAUUUGCUGCUGCUCUGGGACGCAAUAUUCGGCGAGGGUGAUGAUUUUGGACUCAUCAAUUAUGUGGUAGUGGCAAUGUUGAUACGAAUUAGAGAUAAGUUGAUUUAUAGUGACUACACAACCUGCCUUUCGUACCUGAUGCGAUAUCCGACCAACAUCGACAUUUCGCUGGUUAUACGACAUGCUUUGCACAUGAAAUCGCCGAAAAUAUAUGAACGUCCAGCUGGCGCAAUGAUUUUUCUUUCGUCGCCAAAAAAACACCAAUCGACGCAACAACAACCUUCCGUGAUGCGUUCAACCUCAAAGGAUUCGGCUUCGCAGAAAUAUUCAACACUUCCCAUCGUACAUCAACGGCGUAUCACACUAGAGCAUCCGUUGCAAACCAGGUCUUCCCAGGCAGCGGCAAUCGUAGCCAGUGAGGAGCGUCAACGAACACAUUCGCUUCCUCGGAACACUGGCUCUUUACGUAAAGCUACUGCCGGUGAGCUUCGUGAGGUCGCGUGCUUGGCAACAAAGCAAGCUAUUACCAAUUCUGUUCAAGCGGAAAUUCGAGAUCCGACCGUCACAGAUGGUUAUCGAGAAGAUGAUCCGGAAUUACUUCGGAUUGAGCUUCAGAACGCAUACAACAUAAUGUCGGUUGGAAGGGCCAAGCUUCUUCAGUACUUAGCCGUUCUACGGCGCCACGUUCGGCCUUCCAAUCCGCACGGUGAGGUGCAACAGUCGUUGGAGGGUAUAGAGGAAAUUUGUUCACUGCUGAAGCCCCGUUACGAUACGGUGUUUCGAGUACCAGCGCCAAUCGAUGCUGCGACUGAAGCAAACGAAGACCCACAACACAGAGCCACCACAAAGGUGUCCGGCUCAGCGGAGCCCAGUGGAUCGAGCCAAAAAAGUGUCCAACGAACGCAAACGCCACCAAACAGUUUAAACCUGCAACGCUCGUACAACUACGAUCUGGAUUGCCGACGAAACAGUGCCUCGCAACCCAUCACACAGUAUGAAAUACCGGAGGACAGGUACAGCAAAUUGGCAACCAAAAAGCUCGCCAAUCGUAAGGAGGUAGAGAUGAACGUAUUCUCGAAAGAUUUUACUGACCGCCAUCGGCGAAUCGAUGACAAAGAUUUACCCAACGCCUAUCCGUUGGGACAUGAACGCUCCGAAUGACCAUUUCGAAUGCAGUAUUUCCCCCCUAUUAUCGUAACACCAAUGCUGAUAAGUACUCAUCUGUGUAUGUUCUCAUUACGCUUCGAUUGAAACAAUGCGACUAAGGAUAAUAAUAAACUGUUGAUAUGAAGC